AUGCCGGCUCCUUAUUCUGACAAUCUCUAUUCUGCCGACUCUGACGAUGAGCCUGAUGCUCUCUCGCCAACAGACGGUUACUUCCACGCGUCUGAGUCGUCAUCUCGCUCUGGGCUGAACGUCCCGCACGUCCCAAACGUGCUCGUUGAGGACCCUACGCAGUUGAGUCGCGAUGCCAAGGUCCAAGAAGCAGAAAGGGAGAGGAAGUUGUUAAGUAGUGGAAGUCCAGCUGGACAUGAACCCGGAAGCACUGCCUCGUCACAUGCUGGACAAGAGAGUGCUGGCGACUUCGAGAAUCCUAUUGCCUUGACGCCUCGCUCUCCCCCAAGAGUUUCUCCCCUGUUUGCUCAUCCUGUCGAUGCACCGCCAGCUUACUCGCCUUCGCCUACAUCGCCAAACACGGUGAACAACUACCAGACCUUCGCUUCAACAGCCACAAUGGCUCGACCUGAGGAGGUCUCGCCUUUGAUUGUUCAUGCUCCCGAGUCUAUGAGUAGCCCCUCCAACCCCAGCCAGUCGCCCUCGCGUUGGCAGAGAUUCAAGGAUUCUGUCACAAGCUUCAAUAUCAGAAGAAAGGUCAAGACCGUCCUUGCCUCGCUCGUUAUUUUCUCUGUUGUCUUCAUGAUCUUCAGCAGUUUUACCAUGAAAUCAAACCACGGCUCACACUCAAGCCCCGUCGGGGACAACGACCCUGUUGCACCACCCGCCAAAGAUCAUGGUGAUUUCGUCUGGAACCCUUCUGGAUCAUGCCUUGACAAGCCCCGUCGUUUCGGUCGAGUCAUCCAAGACGUGGACAUUCGACCCUCUCGUAACCUCACCAUUGUCCAGACUGUCAAGCACUCACCAGAAGGAUGGAGAGCCCAGAUCUCCGGCGAAGUUGUCCUUCGCCCUGUAAAGGAUUCACUGGAUACUAACAUUGAGUUGGAGGUCAUCUCCAACAAUGACGAACUCAGUGUUGAGCUUGAUUUCGAUAAGGAGACACAAUUCCUCCAGUUGAUAGUUCCCGAGAAGACCAGUUGGACCGCAUCCGAGAAGAGGCCCUGCGUGCAGAUCUGCCUUACCGUCUCGGUGCCUCGGGAGUCAAUCCUCAACUCUCUCAGCAUCAGCACACUGCAGCUUGAUGUCAAUAUCGAGGAGGGUCUAGUCCUUGGAGCUUUGAACGGCGUCACUAUCCGUAGUGCCAGUGGUGACAUCAACGCACCUGGAAUCAAAGCGAGCAGCAACGAUAAGGCCGUUGUGCCUUAUACACUCUCAUCUCGUGAGAUUCGCAUUCACACAGCUAGCGGCGACGUUACGGGAUGGUUUCCUCUCUACGACCUUCUCAACAUCGAGACCAUCUCGGGCGACAUCACCACCAACAUCGGACCCAAGCCAGUUAACCCUCAGAAUGUCAGACCUGCCAGUCUUUACGUGCGUUCUGCUUCCGGAACUAUCAACGUUGAUGAGCCCGUGGAUAGUGCUCAGCAGGCUGCCCGUCCCGAUCGCGAGUUCCCACCGCGCGACUACACAGUAGACAUCCUUACAGCGUCAGGAGAUAUCACAGCGGACGUGGCUGUGAGCUCUUUUGCAUCUUUUGGGUCACAGUCCGGUGAUCUGAAGGUCCGUAUCUGGCCAGUUCUAGACUCGGGCUUGUUGACUGCCAGCAGCAGCGUCAAGCCGUCUUUCAACACUGAUACAAAGAGCGGCAAUACUCAAGUGACAAUCCUAGAGCCCUUAUGGACAAGCCUCGCUACCAUUGGAGGAACAAUCCCCCCGUUUGAACCCUACGAUCCAAAAGAUGACCGCUCUCCAUACAUCGUUCUGGCUGAAGAAGACAGUGACGAAGCCGAAGCCAGCACCAGCAAGCCCGCACUCUCAAUGCUGAAAUCGAAGCACAAGUCCAUUAGCGGGACUGUUAAGCUGGCCUACCCAGCAUCAUGGGAGGGCAUUCUUUUCGCGCAGUCCAUCUCAGGUUCGCAGGACUUCCAGGGCAAGGGACUUGUUAUCUCAAGUGAAGGAGGAAUGGUCAAAAAGAUCCUCAGGGGACGCAAGGGCAAGGGCUACUCUUCGCUCGAGGUUAAUACCGUAUCUGGCGACCAAUUCGCCUUGAUUGGAGAGAAGGAAUAG